AUGUCUCAUGUAUCAAUGGCUGGAUAUAAUACAAUGAAUAGAAUAUUAAAACUUUACAAAUUUGCUUUUGCUGCUUUAUCCUCUGCCGAUGAUUAUACUUUAACUAGUGCUGGAUUGCUUUCAAUUGAAACAACAAUUGCUGUUUUUAAUGAACCUUUAUAUGAGAAAGUAAAAGAAAACAAACAUUUACAUUGUUGGUUACGUUCAUAUCUUGCUAAUCGCUUAUCUAAAACUGCUCGGGAUUGGGUACAAUUGUUUGGACGGUAA